AUGUCACGUGAUAGAUAUGAUGACAAAAUGACACGGGCUCGACUUGUGGACAAAAUGUCACGAAAUAGAUCUGAUGACAAGGUGAUAUGCGCUCGAUUUGUAGACAAAAUGUCACGUGCUAAAUCUAAUGACAAGGUGACGCGGGCUCAAUUCGUAGACAAAAUAACCCGCGAUAAAUCUGAUGACAAGGUGACACGGGCUCAAUUCGUAGAAAAAAUGUCACGUGAUAAAUCUGAUGACAAAGUGACAUGGGCUCAAUUCGUAGACAAAAUAACCCGCGAUAAAUCUGAUGACAAGGUGACACGGGGUCAAUUCGUAGACAAAAUGUCACGUGAUAAAUCUGAUGACAAGGUGACAGAGGCUCAAUUCGUAGAAAAAAUGUCACGUGAUAAAUCUGAUGACAAAGUGACAUGGGCUCGAUUUGUAGAAAAAAUGACACGUUUGUGGUAA